AUGGAGUCCUAUCUUUCCAAACGUUCGGCAGCUUCUCUCGAGAAGCAAAGCUUACCCUGGAGAUUUGCGCCCUCACAGACGUAUGAUGCUGAGAAGUACCCUGACGGCCUGAUUUCAUUCGGAACCGCUGAGAAUGUGAAAUUCGAAUCGCAGCAAUUCACAUAUGGCUUCAGUCUUGCGGGCGGAUCCCGCUUUCCAACAGCACUAGCAGUCCAUCUCAAUGAAUACUUGAGGCCGUACACACCCAUCACGGCCGAUCACAUCAAAGUCACCGGCUCGGCCACCCCAAUGCACGAAAUCCUUGCCUGGGGGCUGGCCGACCCAGGAGACGGAAUCAUGGCAAGCCGACCAGUAUACGGGCGAUUCGAGCUAGACUUUGGCAACAGAGCCAACGUCAGUGUCGUCUACGCUGACACCGACGCAGAAAAUGUCUUUGACGAGGACGUUGUCGACAAAUUUGAAGACGCGCUGGUCAAGUCCGAGGCCGCGGGUGUAAAGAUCAGAGCCGUCCUCAUCGUCAAUCCUCACAACCCUCUAGGAAAAUGCUAUCCCAGAAACACCCUCGUCGCUCUCAUGAAAUUCUGCCAACGCCACAACAUCCAUCUCAUAAGUGAUGAGAUCUACGCCUGCUCAACCUUCGACUCGGGCGAGCCCUCCGCCACAGAAUUCACAUCCAUCCUUGCCAUCGACCCCGAGGGCCUCAUCGACACCGAACGCCUCCACGUAACCUACGGCUUCAGCAAGGACUUUGGCUCCGCAGGCCUCCGCAUCGGCGCCAUCAUCACUCGUAGCAAGGCCGUCGAAGCAGCCAUCCGGGGAGUCAUCCGCUUCCACAACCCGGCCGGGCCCAGUCUUGCCAUUGGCGCCGCCAUGCUGGAAGACCGGAAAUGGUGCCGCGAGUUUGUGGAACUCAACCGGGACAAGUUAAAGGAAGCGUAUGGCGUUGCCACGUCGGGGUUGAAGGACAUUGGCGUGCAGUACUUGCCGGGGAGCAACGCGGGCUUCUUCUUGUGGAUUGACUUGUCGCCGUAUCUGCCGACCGACUUGGACGGCGAGCCGAAUGCCGAGUUUGCCCUGGCCAAGAAGCUGAUGGCAAAUGGGGUGUUUUUGCAUCCCAGGGAGGAACAUUCACUCAAACCGGGCUGGUUUCGGAUGGUUUAUACACAGGAUCCUGAUAUUGUAAAGGAAGGCAUUAAGAGGUAUUUCCGUCCUCUCGCUCUGCUCUGCUGGCUCGACUGA